AUGGUGAGGCACAAAGCGUACGUGAGCCGGGAGUUCCGGCCGAAUACCUUCCGAGGCGAGACUAAGGAGCAGGAGAACGCGAGGAUAGCAGAGUUAAACCAACUGGAAGAAGAGCUAGCCAAAAACCAGUACACCAGCAAGCUGCACAAGGAGUUGCUUCUUCAAAACGUCAAUUUCGACAAAGAAGCAAAGGUACUGAAACUACACUUGGCAGGAAAUCUAAUCAAAAACAAGCCUAUAGUGAGCAGGAAAAAUAUUGCCUAUGUUAGUAGCGAAAGUGGAAUCCUACUAAUCGAUUUAAAAAAAAAAAAAAAAAAAAAAAUAGUCACCUCGUUCUUUAUAGAUAGCAUAUUUUAUUUUCUAGACAAAAAAACAAAACAAGAAUAUUUAGUUUUGAAAAGUUUCAAUAAUUACAUUUACCUGUAUCUGAUCAGUGAUAGAAAGUUUCAUUUUGUGAAAAAAUUUUUCAUCAAGAAUUUAUUCUAUAUAAACAGCUUUGGGAAAAAUGGCGAAUUGUGUUUCGCUACCUGGGAGUUUGAUCCGGAGGGGAAAAAGAUGUUCAUGAAUUUUUACCUCCUCAGAUUUGUUUUCAACUAUGAGUCUCCCCUGUGUUACUUAAAUGGGGAGAUACAUGAGGCGGAGAAGCCUGAGGUGGGAAGGACUCAAGUGGGUGAGACUCAGAUGGGGACGACUCAGAUGGGGACGACUCAGAUGGGCGAGUCCUCCCCACCGACGCACGUGACGUACACGUUUUCCUCAGACUCGGAGGACUCCUUCAAGAAGGAAGUAUUUCCGUGCGAGUUGAUGGUGAGCAGUUCGGAUGGGGAGGAGGAGCAGCGGAAAAAAGUCCCUGCAUCACCGCUUGCCCAUUUGAACGGCGCACACACGCAGAAUGACAACGAGUAUGGAAGCCAAAUCAACGGAUUUCUUCCCCGCGGUGAUGGAACAACUGCGAAGAGGCAGAAGACAGAAAUGAAGCCACAGAGGGGGAUCCCAAAUGGACGAAGACAAUCGAUGCACGUUACCGCGAAGGUGAAAAUAAUGCCACUUGUGAAGAUAAAGUAUAUGUACUUCUCCAUGGUAGACAUGAACCCAAGUCUUACGAAGCUGGUGCUAGCCAAUAAUAACCUGGUCGUCGUAUACGACACCGUGAAGAGGAGAUACAAUCUGCUUUAUUUUAAGAGUUUCAUUUCUGCUGUAAAAUUAAGUGAUGAAAAUUUUCUCUGUAUUGGAUUUCUCAAUGGAUUUAUACACAUCUUUCUGUUUGAUCAAGUGACGAAGGAUGAAGGCAGUGCGAAGGACAUGUUGGGGUGCAAUGCCUUUGUGGGAGAAGCCUUCGGAGGGGGGAACGACUCCGCGCGAAAGGCGAACUUUAUGUCCUUGUUGAAAGCGAUCGAAAAUGCUUACCCUUACAUCCCAGGGUAUGAAGUGGAAUACUACGGGAAGAGCGGAGAGUUGCCCGGUGAGGGUGGGGCAGAAAGGGCCAUCCAGAGCAGCGCCAGCAUCCCCUACAUCAACUUCCAACUGCGGAAAGACAAAAUCGUCGACAUGCAGAAGGCAGACAUAGUGAAGUACAAGUGGCACAGCCACGCAGUGUAUAACAUAACUAUCGACAGAAGGAAAGUAAUCUCCUGUGGAGAGGAAGCCGUUUUGCUCAUUUACGACAUAGACAGUGGCAUGACCGAGUUUAUUCCUCACCUGGGAUCCCCCUGUUACUACACCUACGUGAAUAAAGAGAAAAACCUAAUUAUCUGCAACUCGCUGAACAAUACGAUUCACUUUAUCAAUUACAACCACCGUUUGUUUUUCUAUUCAUAUGUCGGUCUGUACAUGCCCCUUUCCUUGAGACACCUGUUUUUGAAUUACUCCAAUGUAUACGAGGGCAUAAAAAAUAGCGUUAAGAUUUUCGAAGAACAGAUUUGCAGCUCGUACGAUUACUCCCUGGGGUGGCGCGCGCCUUCUGGUGCUCUGCUGGCGGAGGAGGACGUCACCAUGGGGGUCCUUAACGGGGAUACCUCAACGAAUUCCAUAGCGAAUUGUGAGGAGGACCAACGUGACAGUAAGGGGACGAGUAGCGAUUGCACGGGGAGCAGUGACCCUGGGGAGAACUUCGAGGAUGGCGCCAUGUCGGGGGGGCAGCCCUUGGGAAGCCUGCCAGGAAGCGACCGUCGCUCCAGGGCAAGAGAACUACGAGACGACCUCCUAGCAAUCCCAGACGAAGGGAUAGAACUGAGUUCCUGCGGAGAAGACGAACUGGGCGCGUCUCACUCGAAGGUGGCUCACUCCAACGCGGCGAGAAAGCAAAAACGGAAGGAAAAACCCAUCAUAAGUUUCAAGCAAAUCCAGGAAGACAUCGAAAGGAGCAUUUACAAUCAUACGAAUGUACAGAAUAAUCUGUACAAAAAAUAUCAAAUGCAAUUUUAUUGUGACUCCAACAGGGGGUUGGUUUUCUCCUUCUUAACAUCCUUCUGCAAUAUUCAACUGUACAAUGUGGAAAAAGAUAAACACAUAAAGUUUGUGUGUCCCUUACAGGUGACGUACAAAAGUAGGUCCAAUGUUGAGGCUGUGAACGAUUUGGAGCUUCUUUUCUUCUCCUUCACUGAGAGUAGGCAUUUACUAAUGACCAUCGAGAGGAGGAACUACCAACUGGAGGAGGUCUGUGGGAACGACGCCAACGCGUUGGUGCAGACUUUGUACACCUUCAAAAUCUGGAGGAUCGUGAGCAACCAUUUGGACUAUGAGCCAGUUUAUGAGCAGUCCAUCACAUGUGACCAAGUGGGAGAAGCACAUGCACGGGGAAGCGGUGAAGAACAGUACCCACCCAAUUGCAGAGAACACCCUGGGGAGGAACCACUAGAGAAGUACAGAUUGAUCGUGAGUCAUCCCUUCCUCAGCAUUUUCCUCGUACUGGAAUGCGAUGGAGAUAUAACUGUUUGGUGCUUGGAAAAGAGCGAGCGUAUUUUCGAGGCCAGCGUGUCCAAAGACUACGAGGUGGAUGUGUACCAGACGCAGGACAGGAGCAGCUACUACAGGGAGCUGCGGAGGUUGAAUCACCUGGCAAGUGUGUACGGGGGGGACAUUGGUGAUAGCACAGAGAAAAGCGGCCAGGAGCCACACCUUAAGAAGGAUUACCAGAAGGGGAGAGCCAAUCAAGGAGACGCCAAUGAAGAAGAAACCAACCAAGGAGAUGCCAACGAAGGAGAUGGCGACCAAUGGGACGAUAACCAAACCGUCACAGUCAUUAAACGAAUAAACCACAAGAACCACCCCAUCUUAGGGGGGGACAUCACUAGCGACGGGAAAAUCCUUUGCAUCUGUCAUGACAGAUUCAUAACCAUAUGGGACACAACUACACUGAGAGUGCUGGCAAUAAUUAGUCACGCCAUUUACACGGGCCUCAAUGAGUUCCUAUUUAGACUUUACAAAGGAAUAGAAAUCAUUCAGACGGACACGGACAAAGGAGAGGCAAAAGGACAUGUGCCGCACAUGUGCUUCUUCGCAUUCGACUCCAUUUUUAUUUACUCGCUACAUGAGUUCCACCUGGUUUAUCAGAAGAAAAUAAAAAACGGAAUCAUCGAAUACGUCAAGUUUGACAAGUACAACUGCAGGUUUGUGGCCAUUGGUGUUACAAAGAGGCUUAGAGAUGGGAGCAGCCAAAGGAGAGGCACCAGAGCAAAUAGCAUUGUACAGAGGAACUACCUCUACGAAUUCACUUCCAACGUUUUGAAAAAGAGGAAGUUAUUCUACUCGUCGAGGGAUAGGCCAAUCGUGGCUUUGGAUUUUGCCCCCCUCAACGAGAGGAAAAACAUCUCCCUCAGUAGCUUCCAGCCGUCCACAUUGUUGGUCACUCUCAACUCCAAGUUCCAGGUGUGCACCUUUUAUUUUAAUAACUACGCGGAGUUUAUGCAGCUCUCGUGA